AUGGCGCAGCUGCCCGCGGCCCCGCUGCGCCUGCGCGGGGGCGAGGGCGGGGCCGGGCGGGCGGCGGCGCGGCCAUGGCCGAGGCGGGGCCGGGGCGGCCCCUCGGGGGUGGCGGCAGCCCGCAGCGGGGCGUCGGGGCCGGCGGGCGAGCGGCAGCUGGAGGAGGGGGAGAUGCAGAUCGGCGACGGGAGUGCGGCCGUGUCGCUGAGCCGGGUGCUGGCGGCCACGGGCGCCGUGUCGGCGCAGGUGGAGGCGGUGGCGGCGCGCUGCUCGGAGAACGCCCGCUGCCUCCGCACCUGGCGGGGCCUGCUCAGGGACGGGCACGGCUCGCUCGAGCCCAGCGGCUGAGCCCCGAACGGCGGCACCCGCGGGGACGCGCCGCUGGACAGCCCUCUACGCGUGUGUUCAAUUUAAAGAACUGCCGCCGGCAGGAAGCCUGCCGGCUCCACAGAGCUUGUGGAGAUAACCUCGGUCUUCCUCGCUACACGUCGAGGAUGGGAUAAUACAGCAAGUCGCGGCUUAUUUACAAGCUUCGGAUAACCGUCCUCAUCCCAAGCCUUGCUAUUUUAAGCAAUACUGCAAUAUAUUCCUAUAAAACUGCAUUUUUUUUCAAAACAAGGAUAACAUUGAAUAUAUCCAUAAUCAACUUACAUGAAAAACAAAAAUAACGAUGAGGACAGACAUCCUGUCAAAGCCUGCUCAUUGAGAAGGCUUGCCCCCCAUGAGUACACAAGUUCUUUUGAAUUGAGUUUUGACUGCCCCUUAAAGGCAAUCCACAUUGCAGGAUUUCACUUAGCUGUUUUUUCCCAGUAACCAAAAAUGUUGCCAAACAACUUGGAAAACAAGUCAUUU